GAUUUAGUGGUCUUUAGACAUAUUGUUAAAGUUUAUAAAUCAUUUCAGAUGAAUAUGUCCCUGGCAAACUCAGUAGGUUCCUUACUCAGAUUCUCAACCCCUACAGGUCGUCGAGGUUUAUCUGUAUCCAGCAGCCUGGCUACAAAGCAGCUCACCGUCAGAGAUGCUCUUAACAUGGCACUAGAUGAGGAACUAGCACGAGAUGACAAGGUUUUCAUCAUGGGAGAAGAAGUGGCCCAGUACGAUGGUGCAUACAAGGUGACCAGGGGGCUCUGGAAAAAGUACGGAGACAAGCGUGUAAUUGAUACACCAAUCACGGAGAUGGGAUUCACAGGAUUGGCAGUUGGAGCAGCUUUCAACAACCUGAGACCCAUCCUUGAAUUCAUGACCUUUAAUUUCUCCAUGCAGGCUAUUGAUCAAGUGAUCAACUCUGCAGCUAAAACUUUCUACAUGAGCGGAGGAGUUGUUAAUGUUCCAAUUGUAUUCAGAGGUCCUAAUGGUUGUGCUAUGGGAGUCGCUGCUCAACAUUCUCAAUGUUUCGCUGCUUGGUACGCUCAUUGUCCAGGACUCAAGGUUAUUUCUCCUUACGACAGUGAGGACUGCAAGGGUCUACUCAAGGCUGCAGUCAGAGACCCUGACCCAGUGGUCUUCCUAGAGAACGAACUUCUUUACGGAACAGCUUUUGAUGUCGAGGAUAAAGUUUUUGAGUCAGAUUUCCUUCUUCCCAUUGGUAAAGCCAAGAUCAUGAGACAAGGAUCCGACUGUACCCUAGUCGCACAUUCUAUCGGAGUAGGGUUCGCCCUCUCCGCUGCGGACGAGCUUGCCAAGGAAGGAAUCAGUGUUGAAGUCAUUAAUCUAAGAUCUAUCCGACCCCUGGAUAUGGAUACUGUCAAUAAGUCUGUAAUCAAGACACAUCAUUGUGUAACUGUAGAAGGUGGCUGGCCCCAACAUGGAGUUGGAGCUGAGAUCUCCGCCAGUCUUUCCGAAGGACCCGCCUUUCACUACUUGGACGCCCCUGUAAUAAGAAUCUGCGGCGUAGACACCCCUAUGCCCUACGCUAAAACCGCCGAAGCCGCCGCUACCCCUAAACCUCACAAUAUUGUGUCGGCGGUGAAGAGAAUCCUUGGCAAAUAAAUCAUCUUCUUCAUGAAACUCCUCGUUGUGAAAUCUACCAGUAAACCCGGUCAAAUACCUAUUCUCAUAAACCAGAACAUAUCUGUUCCAACGCAGAAACUUUAGUUUUCAUCAUCUACACUUCUAUUCAGACACUAGUUUAUUUUACUUUCAUAUUGUUUCUAAAGAUAGAGCCAUAAUGUCAGUAAUUUUUAAUUUAAAUUAAUAAAUGAUAACUUAUUAUUAAA